UUGGUGGGCUGCAAUUUGUCAGAGGUCGGCUGUGCUUCUCUGGGCGCAGCUAUGAAAUCCAACCCCUCCCAUCUGAGAGAGCUGGAGCUGAGCUUCCUCCAGGUGGUGCGUUCAGGAGUGAAACAUCUGUCUGCUGGACUGGAGAGUCCACAAUGUAAACUGGAGACUCUGAGAUUGAGUAAGGGCAGUUUGACAGAGUUCGACUGUAUUCAUCUGGCCUCAGCACUGAAGUCCAACCCCUCCCAUCUGAAGCAGCUGGACCUGAGUGAAAUCAGUCUGGGAGAUUCUUGUGCAAAACUGCUGUGUGAGCUUGUGGAGAGUCAACAUUGUAGACUGAAGACUCUGGGAUUGAGAUGCUGCUAUUUGUCAGAGAUCAGCUGUGCUUCUCUGGCCUCAGCUCUGAAUACCAACCCCUCCCAUCUGAGCGAAUUGGACCUGAGUCAAAACAAACUGCAUGAUUCAGGACUGAAGCUGCUGUGUGGUUUUCUGGAGAGACCAUACUGUAGACUGAAGACUCUGAGAUUGUGGGACUGCUAUUUGUCAGCGGUCAGCUGUUCUUCUCUGGCUUCAGCUCUGAAGUCCAACCCCUCCCAUUUGAAGGAGCUGGAGCUGAGAAAAAACGAGCUAAAGGAUUCUGGAGUGAAGCUGCUGUGUGGUUUUCUGGAGAGUCCACGCUGUAAACUGGAGACUCUGGGAUUGAGUUCCUGCAGUUUGUCAGAGAUCAGCUGUGCUUAUCUGGCCUCAGCUCUGAAGUCUAACCCCUCCCAUCUAAGAGAGCUGGAUCUGAGAGGAAACAUGCUGCAGGAUUUAGGAGUUAAGCUACUGAGUGAUCUGAAGAAGAGUUUGCACAGUAAACUGGAGACUCUGAGAUGUAAGUUUACUGACUAACAGUGAUCAGAAAGGUGGAUGUGUUGAGAGGCUAAGCUGUGUCCUGAUGAUCCAGAGAGGUUAAGCAGCCUCAGCUCUGACUGGGACAUUAUAUUGGGAUGACUCUUAGUGAUGCAGUCUUAAACUGCUCUGAGAUGAGCUCCACUGUCCACCACCACCACCACCACCAUCAUCAUCAUCAUCAUCAUCAGCAUCAUCAUCAUCAUCAUCAUCAUCAUCAUCAUCAUCAUCAUCAUCAUCAUCAUCAUCAUCAUCCCUGUGUGUUCCUCUGGAUCUGUAUCAUCAGUGUAUUUGGACUGCUCUGCUGCUGCUCUGUCCUUCUAUACAGUCUCUGCAGACACACUAAGACUCUUCCAAUUCUUCUGCUCCACACUCAUUCAACUCCUCCACCUGGACAAGAAGAUAAAACAUGUAGAAAGUGUGGAUUUAAUCAAAGCUCACUUAAGUCUAAAAACUACAACAUCAUUCUGUCUCCUGUUUUUGUAAAAACACUGAGUAUCAGCAGACUUUUAAUAAUAUAAUUGGUUAAGAAUAAGAAAAAGUCAGUGAAAAGUACAGACUCCAAACAUGUAUCAUUGUUAUUAGUGAAAGAUUCUAUUUCUAUUUGCGUUUUUGUUUUGUUUUUACAAAAAAUGCCUGCAGUCUGUUGAUAAGUAUCCAAGGCUUUGUCACUGUGAACAACCCAUUUCAUUUCCACAUUGUCAUUUGAACCAUUGUUAAUAUAAACAUUUUGAUCAGAGUAGCUUUUAGUCACUAAAGUAUCUCUGGAUUUUGAAAAUCCUCCGUUGCAGUCUUAAAGCUGAACAUUUUUACAACUUGUUGCACACGUUUUCAAAUGAAUCAGCAAAAAAUAAUAUUAAACUUUAAACUCUAGUGUCUUAGUGUAGUAGUCUAAGUGUAUUAGUGUAAUGUCAUGUACAUUUGUUAGGGCUGUGUAUUGGCAGGGGAUUCAAUUCAAUAUAGAUUCAAUAUUAAGCAUGAAAUCAAUAUUCAUAUAUGUAGGUAACUGAAAUACCCAGAUAAUUCAUCAGAGUACCUUCUGAUAUUUGUGAUAUAAUACCAUGUGCAUUAUUGAUGUGGUUUAGAACAAAUUGUACUAACAAAACUUAUUUUACCAUUUCAUUAUUCUUGAUUAAGCAAAAAUAAUAAACUAUUCCCAGCACUGUAUGCUGUAAUGCAUUGAAAUAAAAUGGUAAUGCACACACUUAUUAUUUUGUGCCUUGCAGCACAAUGUAAAUAAUGUACCCAGCCCUAAAGUUUAUGUUUGGACAGUUUGUAUUAAUGCAGAAAAUCAAUAAAUCCUAAUAUUUAAAUCCCA